AUCAUCACGACGCCGCGCCAGUGGAUACCAGGAGAAAAGAACCAGGUUUGCGUAAACGUACCGGACACCACGGCAGAGGCUGGCGUCAUCACCUUGUACAUGAGGACGACUGAUUACAAUUGGCAGGGCAGAAGGAACGUCACCAUUCUCCCUGAAACGACAUUUGAGAUCCCCGCUGGUCAGAUCGAGGCCUGCCAGCAAGUGACCGCUCCGAGACGUUCCGAUUACCACGCUGACCUUUCCCUUACUGGGCGAGUGGGCGGGGCUGACCUGAAGGAGACCCUGGAUAUUGAUUUAAAGGGAACCCAUAACCUGACCAUCAUCCAGACGGACAAGUUCCUGUACGAGCCAGGUCAAGAGGUCAAGUUCCGGGUCCUUACAAUUCACGGGUCAAUGGGUCAGGUCGUUACAGAU